AUGAUUCAAGCUAAAUAAAAAAUUCAAAAGAGAGUCCAAAAAUAUUCUUACUUCCUUAAUGACAUCUUAGGAGAAGGUUAUUCAUCAUCAGUUUAUAAGGGUAUUAAUAUUUAUACCAAUCAAAUCGUUGCUAUAAAGGUUAUAAAUUUUUCUACCUUAACUACUCCUAUUUCUCAAACCCUUUUGAAAAAUGAGAUCACUAUUUUAAAACAAUUAGAUCAUGAGAAUUUAAUGAAAGUUUACGAGAUUUUUGAGACAAAAAAUAACACUUACAUAAUAUGUGAAUAUUGUAAUGAAGGUGAUCUAGCUAAUAUAUUAGAAAAAACCAAUUUUACCUAAACAGAAAUUAUUAAUAUUUUUCUUCAAGUAGCUAAAGGUGUAAAAGCUCUACAUGAUUAAAGUAAAUCCUAAUUCAUUUAUCAUUUUUAGAAAUUAUCCAUAGAGAUAUAAAACCAGCCAAUAUAUUAAUAUCUAAUGGAAUUUACAAGCUUUCUGAUUUUGGUUUUGCCAUUGUUGAAAAUGAUUUUGAGAGUAUAAUAAAAAGAUUUAGCGUUGGAACUCCAGUUUAUAUGGCACCUGAAACAGUUCAGUCAAAUUCUUAUUCUGAAAAAUCAGAUAUAUGGUCGUUGGGUGUAGUUCUUUACUUAAUGAUAUACAAAGAAAUUCCUUAUAAUCUUAAAAAGGAUGGAGAUCUAUAUGGAAAGUAAUAGUAAAUACAUUCUAAAAUUAUGAAUGAUAAAUCAUUAAUGAAAAAGAUCUAGAAUGUUCUAAUAGGUAUGUUAGAGUUGGAUCCAUAAAAAAGAAUUAGUAUAGAUGGAAUACUGUUAAUUUUAAAUCAACAGAAAAAAUUGAAAUGCCAAAAUUCUCAUUAGAAUAUACCAUGUAAAGUCUUACGUAGAGUAAGUGGAUAUGAUUAAAUUUUACAUGAUGGUUCUGAUAAUGAUAAUAAUGGAAAUUCAAAAAAAAUAUUAAAAACAUUGCCAGAUGAGUUGGAUAAUAUAGAUGAGAAAACGGAACCAAUAUCAUUUCGUAAUAUUCAUUAAUAACCUACAUUUGAAUUUAAUAGUCUAUAAUAAAAUCAAUUGUCUAAUAAUGAAUGUUAAGAGACUAAACUUGAUUCAUCACCAAUAUAAACUAAAGAUAAAUAAAAAAAGUAAAUUAGAAUAAAUAUUCCUACAAUUUAGUCAACUUAUAUCAAAAAGUUGAAUUCUAAUUAAAAUUAAUUGCCAUCUGAACAUAGUGAUACAAAUUAACAUAGUAAUCCUAAUAGUACUAAUGAUACAAUCAAAAAUAUUCAGUUUUCAAAUUGUUAAUCAUAAAAUCAAAUCAAUUCUAAUUCACCAUUAUUUGCUCCUAAAACGAAUGAAACACUUACAAGUAGAGAUUAAGGAAUUUCUCCUAUAAAUAUUAAUUAAUCACUCAGAAAUUUAAUUGUUUCUCCAUUAAGAUAAAGAAAAGGUCCUACAACUUGUUCAUUAUCAGAUUUCAAGAAUUUUUAAUUAAAAUCAAAUUAAUUAUAAUAAAAAAGAUGUGAUUUUAUUAAAUAAAGAGCUAAGACUGAUUUAUCUCUUAAUAAGUUUACUGAUAUAGAUAAGAAGAAAUAAGAAAAUGAAAAAGAAAAAGAAAUUCCUGCCAUUGAGUCAUUGGCUGCUACUAUUAGACCAACAUAUAGAUUUUUAAUAUUUUUAAAUUCAGUUUUAAAAAAGUUUGACUCAAUAAAUACUGAGGAUAAAUAGAAAUGCUAUUUCCUAUUAAGAAAGCUAUUAGCAGUAAAAGCUUGUGCAAUAAAAAAUUAUUGUCCUCCUCAAAUCUAAGAAGAAUUAUAACGUUGGAUUGAUAGCUUUGAAUAAUAUUUUGAAAAAGUAAGACCUGUGUUUUACAAUCAUCAUGAUAGAAAGUUUAGUCAAUACUUUAAUAAUAAUUUGGAUUAAUUUACCAAAGGAUUUUCAUAAUAAUUAUAUAGUUAUCUAUAAAUAGUAAAUUAGUAGUUAUUAUUAAAAGAUCUAUUAAUAAUUUAAGAAGUAAUCAAUGAAAACCUUAAAUAAUUCAAUGAUCCUAUUUUAUUUGCUAGAAGAUGGGAGAAUGAUCAAUAAUGA